AUGUUUAGUGAAGGUAAAAAUGAUAAAGAAUCAAAAGCUAAAGGUAAUGACAAUCAAAUAAAUCAAAAAUAAUAAAAAAAAUAGUAGUCUUAAGAAUAAUAAGAAUUAGAGCGAUAAAAAUUCAACAAUAAAUUUAAAUUUCAAUAUCAAACUUUGAUGUAGAUAGGAAUGAAUGGAAUAAAUUUUGAAUUCAUGUAUAACUAGAAUAUAAACUCAAAAAUAUCAGAGAUUAUUGGAGAGGUAUCACUUGAAGGAAUAAAACAAUGA